CAACUGUCAAGUCAUGCAAGCGCGGCCGCUUCGGGAAGGGAACGUGUGCAGACCUUCGACAAUGGAGGCCAGUUGAUCUCAAUAGGCAAGCCCAAUAGCAGUCAACUCCGCGAAAGAAGCACGCCGAGUGCGGAGAUGAUGAUGGUGCCCAUAAAGGAUGGAGUGGUAUCAUCGGCUUACCCAGUUGCAGAACUGCCCCAAGACAAGUCAUUCUACCAACACUUCAAGAGGCGAUUCUUAGAGCAGAGUGAUAAACCGGCACUGGAACGGAAUGGCGAAGCCCUGAGCUUCGCAGACGUUUUGUCUCUCAUGGAGCGGUACGCCGUUGGAUUCCAGCGGUUUGGUGUAUCCUCCGGGAGCAGGAUAUGCGUUAGCGUGUCGAACUCGGCUGAAUCGUUCAUCGCUGCCUACUCACUCUGCUGCCUCGGCGCCGCUGUGGUCUUGGUCAAGCCAACGCUACCAGAACGCGAUGUGUUGUAUCAAGUAAAAGACAGUGAUGUUAGCUUCAUCUUGACUGAAAAGGAGAAUUCUGAAAAAAUUAGGAACAUACACAGGAAAUGCCAAUUCAAGGCACUGUUUUCCGUAGAUCGCACUUCUGACUUCGUAUGCAUUCAAGACUACGAAUUUGUAGAUGAUAGCCAGUUUCAAGCGCCACGUAUUGAAGAACCCCAAAACCACAUCAUGGUCUAUCUGUACACGUCGGGCACCACAGGUCUUCCGAAAGGAGUGGAGAUCAGCAUGUAUGCGUUUAUUGCGUCGGUGGAGUUGAGCAGGGCGAGUGAGUUUUUCAAGGACAGAGACGUGGUCCUGGGAUGGAAUCCUGUGACGCAUGCAUCCGGAUUCAUCGUGCCGAUGAUUGCCUUCAUCUCGGGAGCCAUGGUGGUGCCGGCACGGGCAGGACUGUCUUCAAAGGACUUCGUUGAGAUCGUUAAGAAACAUAAGGUUACCAGCUUUUGUGCAUUUCCAACGGCAUUCAGAAAGCUGGUAUUUGAGUUGGACGAAGGCCUUUUCCCAUCGGUGAAAUGGAUCAUUGUAUGUGGCACAGGCUCAACCGAAGACCUGUACCAUAGAGUUCUUCAGGUAUUCCAGUUAGAGAGCUUAAGGAAUGGGUAUGGUUUGACCGAAGCCAUCGGUUUUAUCUGCAUCACAUCGGCGAAUGCUAUCGAAUAUCGCAGCGUCGGUCACCCGCUGCCGAUGGUGGAAUGCAAGAUUGUCGACAAUGCCAGUGGUCGACAGCUUGGUCCUUGUGAAGUGGGCGAGAUAACGUUCCGAGGACCGCACGUCAUGAGGGGCUACUACAAACGACCAGAAGCGACUUCCCAAGUACUCAAUGAGCAGCAAUGGUUCCGAAGUGGUGACGCCGGGUACUACGACCGCUCCGGCCAGCUGCAUGUAGUGGAGCGUUUGAAGGACAUGAUCAAAUGCAUGGAUCAGCAAGUGGCUCCCGCAGAAAUAGAGAGUUUGCUGACCCAGCACCCGCUUGUUUUGGAGGCCGCUGUCGUUGGCAUUGAUCACCUAGAGCUCGGAGAGGCGCCAACCGCUUUCGUGGUUAUCAAGCCUUCCGCCAGAGGACGCGUCAGCGAGGAGGAGCUAGUUCGACUUGUUUCAGAUCAAACCGCCUUUCACAAGAACCUGCACGGUGGUGUUAUCUUUGUGGAUCAAAUUCCGAAGACGGACACCGGAAAAUACCUGCGGAGAGAGCUGCGUCAAGCGCACAUGCGUCAACUGAGUAAAGCAGGCUAUGAGCCUUGACCUACCUUUCGACGGGGCAUCACUGCGGGGUAGAGCACUACGGACCAAGUAUGCACUAGGUUAUUUCAUAUUUAAUGAGCUAAGGAGGCGAGCCAAGAAGGGGAGACUACCCAAGACGAGCACUAGCAAAUUAACAUUUCUGACGGCAAAAGAACACAGAUGCCUGUGCUUAAAACCCUCCCAUAUGUAUGAAAAUAAAACUCUUCCACCC